AACAAGAACGACAUAGUGCAUUGUGGGUAGCAAGCGCGAACAAGGAACAGUCGCACUCUUUGAUAAAGUGAAAUAUCUGAAUUUCCAAACGAGAGGCUUAUCUCGUUAAUUCAAAGGCUUAAAGAAGUUUGGUGCUCAUCUAUCUACCCAAAAUGUCUAUUGGCGUACCAAUAAAGGUUCUGCAUGAAGCUGAAGGACACAUUGUCACUUGCGAAACCAAUAGUGGGGAAGUGUACAGAGGAAAGUUGGUGGAAGCGGAGGACAACAUGAACUGCCAGAUGGCCAACCUCACAGUGACUUACCGAGAUGGCAGAGUGUCUCAGCUUGAACAGGUAUAUAUUCGUGGCAGCAAAAUCCGCUUCCUCAUUCUGCCGGACAUGUUGAAGAAUGCGCCCAUGUUGAAGAGCAUGAAAAACAAGAAUCAAGCAGCUGGAGCUGGCAGAGGGAAAGCUGCCAUCCUCAAAGCACAAGUGGCAGCAAGAGGCCGUGGAAGAGGAGGUGGUGGCGGAAGAGGGAAUAUCUUCCAAAAGAGAUGAUUCCAUUUUGUGUGUUCCAUUUAAUUUUUUUUUUUUUUUAAAUGCUCACUUAAUGAAUGACAUGCUCCCUUUUCUUUCUCUUAUUUUUUCAUAUAAUUUCCUAGCAUUUUUUGGUCAUGUCAAUGUUUUUAUUUGUAUUAAACAUCAAGUUCUAAAAGCUG